AUGAGCGUCAAUGGCUCCAACGUGCACGAAGCCUUCGCGCUCAUGGCGACGCUGCUGGCGCCGCGCGUGCCUAUACAAUUUCUGGAGUUGAGUGGAAAGAUUCUACAGCGGCGCCAGAUGGAGGAAGUUUUCGAGGAACGUGCUGCUGCCAAGCGCUGCGCCUUCCCAGCCUGCGAGAACCCACUACCAAAGUCUUUGGGCAAAUUCCGAGUCUCCUUGGCUCGUAAAGAGAUCUACGACGCUCAAUAUGAGCGGCAGUUCUGCUCCGAGCUCUGUCUUAAGAAAGCUCGAGUUCUGCUCUCCAGACUGGCUCACAAGCCUCCACAGCUCGUCCCUUCUCUAGUGGAAGUUUUCGGUACAGAGAAGCCGAAUCCUUUGGACUACGCAGACGAAAUGACGCCAGUGAAGCAGGUUGAGAACCCCACAGUACUUAAACCCGCGUCGCUACCGAAAGCCAAGACAGUGUGGGCCAAGACACAGGACCUAGGGGUUGUAGAGAGGAAGCACUCAGCGUCUGUGGGUGUCCCACCAGCACUGGAAGCUUCGAUCUCCAAAGUGAAGGAGAAUGCGUCCCCUGCAGCCCCAAAUAGGAGUUUUCCGACAGCUGAACAUGCCAGUCUUAUCGAGGGCUACGUGUUCCCAGCACACAAGCAGAAAUUGGCAAAGAAAGUGGAAGAAAUGGUCAAGAAAAGCCAAGAAGAAGAAGAAGAAGAAGAGAAUGAUGAAGACAUUGUAGUGAGCGACAGUGACGAGAGCGACGCAGCUGCCAGUGACGUGUCGUCUGCAGGCAGCUUCGAGAUUUCGGAUUUUGACGACGAAGAAGUGGUGACGCUGAAUGAUCUGCCACUGUUUAGCCACCUCUGGGGUCUGUUCUCCAACUGGAUUACUCACGACACGACUCUGAUGGUGGCUGGAUGCCCCAUACCUGUGAAAGCGGAGAAGAAGGAUGACUCAGACCCUUUAAUCGGAGGACCAGAGAAGGCUGAGGCAGAUGCUGCUCGACGUCGUGCGCGUCAGAUCCGAACUGAGCGAUGGAAUUCUCUCUCACUCAUGCUACGCCGCCCGUUGCCACAAGUUGCACUCAAGUUGAAACUCGCUUGCGAUCGCUUCGCAAACCACCGCAUCGAUACGAUCACAGAAACUUUCGCGCUACGUGACGCCAUCGACACGCGCAACGCGCACCAGUGGACAUGCGUGGCGACGAUUUUGCUGCUCGUAGCUUACGAUAUCAAGCCGAAUGAUCUGCUAGAAGGCGAACGCAGCGACCAAGCUAAAGCGUUGACUAAGCUGGACACGUUGGAGCUCCAGCAAUUGCUCCAGUUAUUCUACGAGGUGCGCAAGGACAGCGAUGUUGCUGUCGACACGGAUGUCGCUCCGAUACCUGAGACCGAGUCGACUGUCAAGGACGCAUCGAAAGAAGAAACACCCGACGACAAGCUGACGUUUUGUCGUAAAUGCCGCCGUGCUAAGACCAAGUGCGUUUGCAAGACGCGUGCCAAGGCUUCAAAGGAGAACGAAAUGUCGCCUACCCAGUUGGAAGAAAUGCUACAGGAGGCGCUUGUUCUGCGCGAAGAGUACGACGAGUUGCUGCAGCCGGACGAUUAAAUGGGAUCCUGUUGCAGGGUUUAUAGAGCUCAACCCAAAGUUUUGGCUCAUGGCAUUUCGCUCCGAGUUUCAAGUUCUGCUAUGAGAAUUCAGAGCUUGCGUGCAUCUACAGGGUGCAUC